UGCGCCUGUAGGGGGCGAUGUGUUUGACCUGCCCGGCCCGCCGAUAAAGUGGUAGAGGAAGCAGGCUCCCCGAGCUCGAGCACGUUUCCGUCACAUGUUCAGCAGCUCCGCGUGUGUAGGGGUGUGAGAGAGAGAGUGAUUGUGGGGGUGAAACUUUUCGCUGAUGUUAAAUUUAGCAGCAGCGGGGACGAACAUGAGUGAGCUCGGUUCUGUGGAUCGGCCGUGCAGCGCGUCGGUGACGGCAUAUGUGAAGCCUCUGGGUGUGGCGGCAUGCAAACUCCCUGAGUGCAUCAUUGCCCCCUGUAGGUGACGGGAUGCCUGUGCAGGCGGCGCAGUGGACAGAGUUCCUGUCCUGCCAGAUCUGUUACAAUGAGUUUGAUGCCAACAAUCACAAGCCCAUCAGCCUGGGCUGCUCGCAUACCGUCUGCAAGACCUGUCUGCACAAACUGCACCGUAAGGCCUGUCCUUUCGACCAGACCUCCAUCAGCACCGACAUCGACCUGCUGCCUGUCAACUGCGCCCUGCUGCUGCUUGUGGGAGCUCAGGUUCCUGAAGGCCAGAGUGUGUGUGUGGGCAAUGCUGAGGACACGGAGCAUUAUGAAGUGUGUAAAACAUGUGUGGAGGAGCUGGCUCUCUACCUCAAACCUAUCAGUGGAGGAAAAGGUGUGAUGUCUCUGAGUCCAAGCACCCUCAGCAGACCCAUGCAGAGGAAGCUGGUAACGCUGGUGAACUGCCAGCUGGUGGAGGAGGAGGGGCGAAUGCGGGCGGUGCGAGCUGCUCGGUCUUUGGGCGAGAGAACAGUAACCGAGCUUAUCCUCCAGCACCAAAACCCCCAGCAGCUUUCUGCUAACCUGUGGGCUGCAGUGAGGGCACGAGGCUGCCAGUUCCUCGGGCCUGCGAUGCAGGAAGAUGCACUGAAGCUCGUACUGCUAGCUCUUGAGGAUGGCUCUGCUCUCUCACGGAAGGUUCUGGUCCUGUUCGUGGUCCAGAAGUUGGAAGCUCGCUUCCCUCAGGCGUCUAAGACCAGCAUCGGCCAUGUCGUCCAACUCCUGUACCGCGCCUCCUGCUUUAAGGUGACAAAGCGUGAUGAAGACUCCUCUCUGAUGCAGCUGAAAGAGGAGUUCCGGACAUAUGAGGCUCUGCGGCGGGAACAUGAUGCUCAGAUUGUCCACAUUGCCAUGGAGGCGGGUCUACGCAUCUCUCCAGAGCAGUGGUCAUCUCUACUGUAUGGUGACCUUGUCCACAAGUCCCACAUGCAGUCAAUCAUUGACAAGCUCCAGUCCCCAGAAUCAUUUGCAAAAAGUGUCCAAGAACUCACCAUAGUUUUGCAGAGAACAGGCGACCCAGCUAAUCUCAACAGUUUACGAGUUCCAUUAGAACUGCUGGCUGGUAUUGACCAUAACCCAGAUGCAGCUGCACCCUCCUGGGAGGAACUGGAGAGUGUGAUGUUGGCGGUCAAGGUCGUGGUCCACGGUCUGGUCGAAUUCAUCCAAAACUUCAGCAAAAAGAGCCACGAAACCUUUCAGGCUCAACCCAACAGCAAGUAUAAGACCAGCAUGUGCAGAGACCUCCGUCAGCAGGGGAGCUGCCCACGCGGAGCCAACUGCACCUUCGCCCACACCCAGGAUGAGCUAGAGAAAUACAGAAUGAGGAAUAAGAAGGUCAGUGGAGGGAUGAGGCCAUCUCCUCUGCCUCAGACAGUUGUGCCCAAGUCGGGCUCCAUAAAGUCUCCCCUCCACACUGUGGAUGCAGUGCUGGGAGGUCCGCAGAACCGUGAGCAGGAGGGUCUGGGUUCAGAGGAUUCAUCCCCUACUCGUCUUAUCCCUAGAGGAGGAGAGCAUGAACAAGAGGAGGGGCUGCUAGCUCUUCCCAAUGGGGCCAGUGGGCAUCCCACUCCCAGCCAAGACCUGAAAACGGCUUCUCCUCCAAAGACUCCAUCCAGUCCAUGUCAAACUGCAGCUGCAUUGGGGCCACACCCCACUGCAGCUCCUGCUGAGAGUGGAGUAACGCUGCCUAAACGGAGCACUUUUCCACCCAGGGGUCACACUGAAGUCAGCUACUUUCCUGACCAGCACAGUCCAUAUGAACUGUCACCCUGCUCGCCCUCCGGUAAUUACUACCCAUCCAUGGUCAAUCCACACAAACCCUCCAUGGCACGCUUUUCCCGCUCCACUCCUGCCUUUGACUCUUCUGCCCCGCCCCCUCUGGCUCCGCCCUACCUCGAGCCACCCCCUUCCCUUCCAUCCCGGGACCGUUUAGGCCCUGCGCACUUCCCUCAACCUGCUUACACACCAGUCCACCACACCCACCCCCAUGGACACGGGGUCUACGCACCUGUCUAUGACAGCCGGCGGGUUUGGAGGCCGCAGCUAUACCAAAGGCAGGAUGGCAGGAGUAACUCUCUUCCUCUGGAGGUCCUGCAUGCGUCCAUCUACCAGCCACCACUCCGGGAACGGUUCAACUCGUUAGACAGCCCGUACUGCAGCACUGCAGAGAGGAGGGCUGCACUGCACAGGGAUUCGUAUGGGCGCAAUCCGCUCGGCUGUGAGGAUUUCUACAGACUCAAACAGGAGCAGUGGCCACAUCAGCACAGCAACCACACCAGAGCACAACCUUCGCCUGUUUUUACUGUGGAUCACUGCUCAGAGCAUGUGGACAGUGGGGUUUGUGUGAGCUGUAAAUGUGGGGGCGGAGAGGUGGCCCGUUACUCGCCUUGGUCGUGUGGCACUGUCAGCCCGUUUGACUUGGAGCCUCUUGGCUCCACCCAUUCCUGUUCCCAACAUGCUCAGGAUGUGGAGGGCACUGGAAAGCACUUGCUGCACAUUUUGGAGCCUUACAGGAGAGUGAAAGAUGAGGAUCCCAUCAUCCCCUUUGGAGAAGGACCCAUUAUCUCCAAGUGGGGCGCCAUUUCUCGUGCCUCUCGCACAGACUACCACACCACAGAACCCGUCCAGGCCACUGCUGCACAGGGCAGAACCAGCACCACACCUAUCAAUUUCAGAGACUAUAGCUGUCACACUGAGCAGGGCGACUGCCGGUGGGGUCCGUGUGGUUUCGACUCCAGCCGCUGCAGUUUCUUAGAAAGACGCAGCUCUUUCAGCACUGCAGCUAAACGAGGUAUAGAUUUACAUGUUCGAGAUUGCGCGGAGAGUGAACCAGACCGGGACAUUGAAUUGGAGCUUUCUGUUCUCGACAUGGAGUCGGAACCACAGGAGCACCCGUCUGAGGUGUCUCUGGAGUCGAGGUCCGGAAAUCAUCUCUCCGGUGUCUUCAGCGAUCCAUCAGCAAGCUCACAGAUUGGCCAGCAUUUACCUGACCACAUGGUAGACGCUCAUUUGUUGAAGAAGAUGGCAUUUAGGAAGUCUCUCUCCCCUGGGGGCCUAAGUUCCGGAGGCCUUGGUGUCGGAGGUCUGGCGAUGAAGUCCAGCCUAGCACGGCCUGUGGACCUGGCAGCAGGACCCGGCCUGAGCAAAGAGAUGCUUCUGAAUGGGAGCUGAGAGGAACCUAGCUCUCCUCAUCUCCAGACGCCCUCUGGAUCCAAAGGGUCAUGCCAUGAGGCCUCUGUAAUAUUUAGAUCACAGCUCAAGCUGUCAGUUUUUUGUUUUAAAAGCCCUUUUCACACCAGCUCCACAUUCUCCAGCAACCACAGUUGUUCUCUGAGCAGGUAGCUUCAGUAGGUUCAGGAAUAGAACCAAAUAAAUGACAGAUUUAUUGAUUCCCAAGGAGAAGUUUGGGGAUUCAGAAGUUUAAAUGGCACACUACUGCAGUGUGUUGGUAUUCUUUGGAGAAAAUUGGUGUUUCCAGGGUUUUCCGUAACUAUGUUUGAGGAUAAAAAUAGUAUUCAAAAACCCAAUGUUUUUUUUUUCUUUCUUCAAAUUCUCUUCAUAAGAGCUACCUGGGGCUAGCGGUUACACACUCUCCUUCUUCUCUUCAUUUAUCACUUAUGCAAAAGUGUUUACGUUUACAACCCCAUCUCAGGUCACCAAGCUGUCUGUGUCACCCAAUCUAAUUCCUGACCGGUGCCGCUCUUUAGCCACUGAAAGGCUGCAUUAACCUUGCGCGACAGCUCAGUAGUAAAACAUAGGUUCUUGCUGAUAACUUAAAUGUACUGCAUAAAGACUAAUAUACAGUUCCUGCCUGCAGGUUCCUUUAGAUAUGAUGCCAUGUUUACAGUAUGUAUGUAUGUAUGAGGAAUAAGCCAGGUGCUCAGUAAAUACUGUACAUUGUGUGUCACAGUGCAGUAUUAGCCACUGAAUUAACAUGCAUGAAAUGUAAUGUGUGCUUUUUGUUCAUUAUGCGUUUUGCAAUGAACCCAUUUAUUGCAUAAUAUGAGCCUUGGAAGUGUACAGUAUAUUUUGUUGCCAUCUUCAUUCAGGCCAACUUUUGUCUUUGUUUUUGGGGCUGUGCGACAUCAGAUAUUGUAAUACGGCAGCAUUAAUGUGUGCAGUGACCAUCAUGACCCGAGUAACUUCUUCCGCUUUUGCAAUGCCUUGAUUUUAACGCUGCAUACAAAUCUAACCCCAACUACUGAUGAGCCAGUAUUACUUCUUAUAAAGAAACCCACCACAGGAAGUUAUUGUUGCCUAGUUCUAAAUACUAGAAGCAUUGUUUUGCUUGAGAAUAGGCUGUUGUGUUAACAGUACACAGAACUUGGCACUUUAAUUUUCCUGUUUUUCCUUCUAGUUCCCCAUUUUCUGCCUGUGUCAAAGCACUAAGUGUUCAGGCUUCUCACAGUGGUCUUCCUAGUCUAGUGUCUGUGUGUUAUUGUUUCAGGUUGUGCACCAGCUGCUGUACUGUCGCCUUCUCUCAGAUGCAUCUUUAGUUUGUUUGUUUUCUUCGUUCGAAUGAAACAUCGCUAACUUCCGUGAAGUUGUUUGUCGAGUAUUUUGUAUCAGGAACCUUUUUUUUUUUUUUUUUCUUCUUCCACGUUGGUCAUUUGGUCAGUAGAAAGCAAACUAAGCAGCUUUGUCAACCUUCAUACUUACUGCAGGUUUUCUGCUUACCUGUUUAAAAUGACUGUCCAUCACAGGCUGAAACGAUGUUGGUGGUCUGAGUCCUGCAUUGAAGAAAAAGCUUUCAGGAGCUUUAUGGAAUUAAUUCAGUGCUAUAGAAUACUGCAAAAUUGUUGUUCAGUACUGAGUUUCUGUACCGCAUUAGUCCAGUAGACGAUCUGGUGACACUAUUUUGAGUGGUCUUUUUGUGUUAAACACUCAACAAACUCUUGGCAACAUGUCAAAAACAUAGGAGGGUUAGGAUUAGAUUUUGGGUUGAGAUUGGGGUUGGGGUUGGGUAAGGCUGGGUGGGGUUGUUUUGUGUAGUGGAAGUAACAUUAACAAUACAUCUACCUAAUGUAAGUAAUAUCAACAGAAUAGUUUCAGGAUAUUUACUUCAGUUUAUUCAGAUGCUGUACUGCUCCUACUUCACUGAUGUGUUGAAGUGUUACUGCUAGUCUUAUGAAAUCUACGAAGGACCAGUGUUACCCACAAUCUUAGCAUCUGUGAGUGGAUAAGUGUUCUUGUUCCCAAAUCAAGGCUGUUGAUUGGCUGAAUUGUGGAUGUUACUGAUGUCCAUGCUUCUUGAUAAGUCUGCGAUAUCUCCAUAUUCAGCACCUCAUUCUAGUUUCGAAAAUAUUUGUUUAAAAAUGAAUAAAAAUAAGGCACUGAUGAAAGGAUUGUUCAGGAAUCAGUACCAAAAUUAAAGUAUAAACAUUGUUAUCUAUACUAAAACCAAUGUAGCCCAAGCCAUGGGGUCCCUAAGGACGAUUUUGAGAACCACUUCCCAAAAAAAAACCUUUCAAGGACUAUUUUGGUCAAGGGACUGCAAGUGUAAAGAACAAUUAUGUAGAGGUUCUUGAAACCUGUAUGUAGAGCUGGUGAUAUGUUGUCUAUUCUGCAAUACUGUGAUACCAUACCAUUGCUUAUUAGUUUUAUUGUUGGUGGUUUAACUAAUAUAGUCAAGAAAAAUAGAAAUGCAACACUCGUGGUUGUUUAAUUUUGCUGCAUUGUUGAUAAAUUAUUUUACUAGACAUGCAAAUGGUUUCUGUAUAAUCUAAUAGAAGUAUUUAGUGUAUUUAGUACACUAAAUUUAGUUUUAGUGUAGAUAAUGAGCCAUAUAUUGCUGAAACAGUGUCCUUUGUAGAAGUUUGUUUUAGGUUUAAUUCUCUAGUGUGCUUUACUCAUGGUCCAGGACUUCACAUUUAACUGCAGUGUAUGGAAUUUACUAUCUCAGCUUUGCUUGCCAGUUUAAAGAACCUCCAUAAGAUACAAAUUUUCUAUCCGAGCCACAAACCAUUUUAGUGUUUGUGUGUUCAGCCAGAUGUCUUAUCAUUUCUUGACUGUCCAAACUGUGGUAUGAGUGGUGCAGAGAAGACUCUGUCGCAUAAUCACCCGUAAUUGCAAGGUUCUUGUGUUUUGUCCUGACACACUUACCAAGCAGUUCUUACCAAGCGUCAUUAAAGAUGCUGAUUAAAAUGUGACGUGGAAAAAGAAAAGAAUUUAUAGCUGAAAUAUGAAUGUAUUCCCAGCCAAGCUGUUUUCACAGUUCCUUCUGAAAAUCAGGUGCACUUAUUUUUGUUUUUAUAGCCGCCGUUCUUCCUUGUUCCUCAUAGGGAAGAGAUGUGGCAAAGCUACUGAUUACAACUUCUGCACUGAUUAAUUUGAAUGCAAGUGUGCUUUAAAUGGGAACUUGAGUGUUAUUAAAUGCUUAAGAUGUAAACAAAGUCAUUCAGUGCAGUUUGAUGUGAAAUGCUCUGUUCUAGAGAUUUGUUCAGUGAGCCAGAACCAUGUUAUGAAUAUGCUGAAUGAUUUAUGGUGGUUUUGAGAAGGUUUUGGUUUAAAACUAAUAGUUUGUUUAUGGUGAAGUACAUCUCCACAAUGAAGCAUUUUACAUCAGACCACAAUGAAUAACCAAUUUCUCGACAAUCGAAUUAUGAACAAAUUUUGGAAAACUAGUGGAAUUCUACUUUUCUCAGUUAGAUAUAUAUUGCUUUUAAUGUCUGGUUUCUUCUGAUUCCAGUGUAUGUCUUUGGGGUUUUGGAACAGGCAUAGUUUUGUUUUUAGACCGGCCUAUUCAGCUCAAAUGUUGGAAGCAUUUUAUAUUCCCUGAUCCACACUUUGUUCAGAUUCACAAAGCCUUACACGGCAGAUUGCUUUCUUAGUUUUAGAGCUGGAUUGCCCUCAGCUUUGGGUUGCACUUGCAUGAUGCUAUUACAUUUUGAAGAAGUAUGUGUGAAGUAUGUGUAUAGUUGGCAGAUGAGUUGGUGUGAUUGUAUAGUUGUGAUUCUACUGCCCCUUGCUGGUGGUGUCUUGCACAUGCCUGCCACAAGGCCUCGCUUGGCCUUUUAUCUGCCUGCAGCACUUAAUUCUGUUUUCUUAGGAGAUCUUUGAACACCUUCCCUGCUCUUUCCACUGGAAAUGUCAUUCUUUUGUAUUUUGAAUUUUAAAAAUUUGUUUCGCUGCAAUAACUCGGCAGGCUUUGGUCAUAAUGAUAAAUAUGCUUGCUUGUCAUAUGUACGACCGUGAAAAAGGAGCUGAUGUUUUUUGAAUAUUUUACGUCUGUAUUAGACAUUUCCUUUGCAAAUCUAUUGUUCGAUUUAAUUGUAAAUGUAAUACAAGAUGGUACACAUCUGUCAGUUUAUACAGCCAGAGCCAUCGUUAGAUGGACUUAACUGCACAGUUUUAUGAUAAUCAACUAUAUUUAAAUAUGAGAGAAUAUUUAUCAGAGAGAUUCUAAAGGUUUAGGACUAUCUUUUGAUGAAAUAUGAACUGAAACUUUUAAUGUGUUUGAUUUUGAAAGUACCACUGAACUGCUUCUGGCCAUGGAAGGCAGGCUUGAGUUUGAUACAUAUAUGGACCUGUAGCCGCUGCAGAGUGGAUUCUUAAUGUUAUUUUAUUCUUUUUUUUCCUCCCCCGUUCUUGCUUUUCAUACCUUGGCUAAGGUCUGCUCCACUGUACCGAGCGAGCUGAUGACAUGAUGAUGACUUUGAGAUCAUGAUGUGUAACUGCAUGCUGAGGUAAUAAAAACGGUUUCUUCAUUUCA